UUAUACACUCCUUACUAUUUCGACUGGUUUUCGUUUUCGUUUUUAUAUAUUUUUCCUCAGAGAUCGAUCACUGCUCUCUCUCUCUCAUGGUUGGAGCCCUGCAGCUGAUAUUCUGAUCAGCUUUUCCUUGAUUUCCUCCCAUUUUUUUUUUCUGUCUUUUGGACUCAAUUUUUGUGCGAACAAGAAUCUCGAGCUCAACAAGUCGAAAAUAAUCGGAAAUAGUGGAGUUUCGGCGUACUUUGGAGUGAUUUACUUCGAAAACCUAAAAGUACAGUUUCUGUUGUUGUUGCCUAGUAUUCUUCGUUUGUUUACUGAAAGCCGGAAGAUUCGGGGGGUUCUUCUGUGCAACAUUGAAUGAAGUGCAUGAAACAUGGAUCAAGGAUUUGGGGAUUUUAAGCAGCAUUUUUAGUGUCGAAGCAGUUGAGAGAAGAUUGAUGGAGUGGAAAUUGGGUUGAUUAAUGAUGGUCGUUUCGGGUUUCAGCGAUAAUUUCGGUGUUCGGUUUGGAAGUUUUGGUGUUUUUGCGAAUUUGGAUGGGAUUUUGGAGUUAUUGGAUGAACCGGUGAAUGACAGGAUUUUGCUUUGAGAAUGGGUGAGGCAUUGAUUCCUGUGGAGAAUCUGAAUUUGUUCGAUAAAGUCCUUUGUUGAUGUCGCGGACUGAGAGGAUGACAACGGAUCUUAAUAGGACUGGCCCUGUGGAAAGGGACAUUGAGCAGCAGGCCAUCACUGCUCUUAAGAAAGGAGCAUAUUUACUCAAGUAUGGACGUAGGGGGAAACCCAAGUUUUGUCCUUUCAGGCUGGCAAAUGAUGAAUCAGUUUUAAUAUGGUUCUCAGGGAAAGAGGAGAAACACCUUAAACUAAGUCAUGUAUCCAGAAUUAUACCUGGUCAGCGCACUGCAAUAUUUCAAAGAUAUCCUCGGCCUGAGAAGGAAUACCAGUCAUUUUCUCUUAUUUACAAUGACAGGUCACUUGAUUUGAUCUGCAAGGAUAAAGAUGAAGCUGAAGUCUGGUUUAUUGGUCUAAAAGCAUUAAUUUCACGUAGUCAUCAUCGAAAAUGGAGAACAGAGUCACGAAGUGAUGGAGUUUCAUCUGGAGCAAAUAGUCCUAGAACAUAUACCCGAAGAAGUUCUCCUUUGAGUUCUCCAUUUGGCAGCGGUGAUAGUAUGCAAAAGGAUGGAAUAGAUCCUCUUCGUCUCCACAGCCCAUAUGGAAGCCCCCCUAAGAAUGGUAUGGACAAGACAUUUUCUGAUGUCAUAUUAUAUGCUGUUCCUCCGAAGGGUUUUUUCCCCUCGGAUUCUGCCAGUGGGUCAAUCCACUCUUUAUCUUCAGGUGGCUCAGAUGGCCUAAAUGGGCACAUGAAGGGCAUGGCAAUGGAUGCUUUUCGGGUGAGUCUAUCAAGUGCUGUUAGCUCAUCAAGUCAAGGUUCUGGUCAUGAUGAUGGUGAUGCUUUAGGGGAUGUUUUCAUUUGGGGUGAAGGCACAGGUGAUGGGGUUUUGGGUGGGGGCAUGCAUAGGGUAGGAAGCUCAUCUAGUGUUAAGAUGGACUCUUUUGUGCCUAAAGCCUUGGAAUCUGCUGUAGUACUUGAUGUCCAGAACAUAGCUUGUGGUGGAAGGCAUGCUGCUCUAGUAACCAAGCAAGGAGAGAUUUUCUCUUGGGGGGAGGAAUCAAGAGGGAGGCUUGGGCAUGGUGUAGAAUCUGAUGUGUCACACCCAAAGUUAAUUGAUUCUCUUGGAAAUACUAAUAUUGAACUUGUAGCAUGUGGGGAAUAUCAUACUUGUGCUGUAACACUAUCGGGAGAUCUAUACACAUGGGGUGAUGGUACUUACAAAUUUGGGCUACUUGGUCAUGGAAAUGAAGUGAGUCACUGGGUCCCAAAAAGAGUUAAUGGGCUCUUAGAAGGUAUACAUGUGUCAUCCAUCUCAUGUGGACCAUGGCAUACAGCUGUUGUGACCUCUUCUGGUCAACUGUUUACUUUUGGUGAUGGAACUUUCGGUGUUCUGGGCCAUGGAGAUAGGAAAAGUUUGUCCAUACCCAGGGAAGUAGAGUCUCUCAAGGGGCUUCGCACUGUUCGAGCAGCUUGUGGUGUCUGGCACACUGCUGCAGUUGUAGAAGUUAUGGUUGGGACUUCAAGUUCAAGCAACUGUUCCUCAGGGAAGCUGUUUACGUGGGGAGAUGGAGACAAAGGUCGACUAGGGCAUGGUGACAAGGAGCCCAAACUUGUUCCUACUUGUGUUGCUCCUCUAGUAGAACCUAACUUUUGUCAAGUUGCCUGUGGACACAGUCUGACAGUUGCACUUACAACUUCAGGCCAUGUUUUCACAAUGGGAAGUCCAGUUUAUGGUCAGCUAGGAAAUCCUCAAGCUGAUGGUAAGCUCCCAAAUCGUGUUGAAGGAAAGCUCCUGAAAAAUUUUGUUGAGGAGAUAGCUUGUGGUGCUUAUCAUGUUGCAGUUUUAACCUCAAGAACUGAAGUUUAUACUUGGGGUAAAGGAGCAAAUGGCCGGCUAGGUCAUGGGGACACUGAUGAUAAAAAUUCUCCAACGCUAGUUGAAGCUUUGAAAGAUAAGCAAGUGAAAAGUAUUGCAUGUGGUACAAAUUAUACUGCAGCUAUCUGUCUUCAUAAGUGGGUAUCUGGUAUUGAUCAGUCGAUGUGCUCUGGAUGUCGUAUGCCAUUUAAUUUCAAGAGGAAACGACAUAAUUGCUAUAAUUGCGGGCUUGUUUUCUGUCAUUCAUGUAGCAGUAAAAAAUCUCUGAAGGCUUCUAUGGCACCAAAUCCUAACAAACCUUACCGUGUCUGUGACAACUGCUUUGGUAAACUAAGGAAAGCUAUAGAGAAUGAUUCUGUACCUAACUCUGAUCUAAGUAGAAGAGGAAGCAUUAACCAGGGGUUUAAUGAAUUUGUUGAAAAGGAUGAAAAGUUGGAUUCUAGGUCUCAAGCACAACUAGCUAGAUUUUCUUCAAUGGAAUCCUUCAAGCAAGUUGAAACUAGAGCGAAACGAAACAAGAAACUAGAGUUUAACAGCAGCCGUGUAUCUCCUGUUCCAAAUGGUGGCUCUCAAUGGGGAGCACUUAAUAUCUCUAAAUCUUUCAAUUCCAGAAAAUUCUUUUCAGCUUCUGUUCCUGGAUCGAGGAUUGUUUCUCGAGCAACAUCACCUAUAUCAAGACGACCCAGCCCACCUCGCUCCACAACACCAACCCCAACUUUGGGAGGACUUACAUCUCCUAAAGUUGUUAUUGAUGAUGCUAAAAGGACAAAUGAUAACCUGAGCCAAGAGGUUCUUCAGUUAAGAAUACAGGUGGAAAAUCUCACCCGUAAAGCCCAACUUCAAGAAGUAGAACUGGAAAGGGCAAAUAAGCAGCUGAAGGAGGCAAUCACAAUUGCAGGGGAGGAAACUGCAAAAUGCAAAGCAGCUAAAGAAGUGAUCAAGUCCCUUACUGCCCAAUUGAAAGACAUGGCUGAAAGGCUACCUGUAGGAGCAGCACGAAACAGCAAACCUCUGCCAUUUGCAUCCUUAGGCUCAAGUCCUGUCUCUGCUGAUGUUUCUGCUACACCUACUGAUAGAUUGAGUAGUCCAAUAACCUCCCAUGAACCAGAUUCAAAUGGAUCAAACGGCCUGGUGCUUUCUAAUGGGCAAAGCACAAGUGACCGUAAUUCAAGUCAGAAUAGACUUGGCCAUUCUGAACCAACAACAAGGAAUGGAAUCAGAAUGACAGAAGGGGAAUCCUAUCAGGAGGUUGAAUGGGUUGAGCAAGAUGAGCCUGGUGUAUACAUUACACUUACAUCCUUACCUGGGGGUGCCAAAGAUUUGAAGAGAGUCCGUUUCAGUCGGAAGCGGUUUAGUGAGAAACAAGCAGAACAAUGGUGGGCAGAGAACCGUGCUAGGGUAUAUGAACAGUACAAUGUACGCAUGGUUGACAAGUCUAGCGUUGGUGUUGGGAGCGAGGAUAUAGUCCAUUGACACAGAAAAAGAUCUGUAUAUCAAACGGUAUUAAAGUUCAGGCUUCGAUUUGAUGGAAGCUUGUGCCAAUCAAAUUAAAGGUUGAAGAGGUGGUAUAGAAAGCGAAAAGAGGACUAAYUGUGGCUUUACCCCUUGAUUUUCCUUUUUGUCUUCGUUUGGCCAAUAUGUGCCUGUGUGGAAAGCGGAGUGGGUUGAGGGUGAGGAAUGUAAAUUCUUAGUAGGUUGCUAGCUUUUGUUCAAAGCAGCUGCCUUGUAAAUUCAUAAGAAAAUUCUUCUUCAAGGUUUUUCUCAAAUGUAAGUUUGCUGCUUCUAUUACCACAGUUUCUGUUUUUUCUCUGCAAUACUGACUUAGCAUUGCGUCCUCUCAAGAAAGUUAGUCUUAGAGAAAAGCUGGGUCCUUGUAUUCCUAGACCUUGACCGAAUUAUAUUUCAAACUUUCAAUUCCUGUCA